ACGAGGACAGGACGCGCUUCGUGAACUUGCGCUCGGAAGACGUAGCGAGAUGGGUACCGCCAACAGCACUCCUUUUCUGCCUUCCUGCCGCCAUCCACCCUCGUCCUCAACCCUUCCCUCGCCUAAAAUUCACUCGACAACUACCGCCGCAGAUAUUGCCAUACUCAUCCCGCGCCACCACACCCGCACGAGGACAUUAUGAAUGCCCACCCCAGCAUCUCUGUGCACCGACCGUCUUCCCCUAUCGAUCACGUUGGGGAAGUGGACUCUCUUGAAACAGACAAUACUGAAGACGAAGUGGACCAGUUGGUCUCGGACUCUGACGAAGAUGUCCCUAUGGCGGACGUUACUAGCUCGCCCAAGAGAACGCGUCCAAAAGUCGCUGUAGAACGCGUUCCUGGGCGGAGUGUUAUCCCACUUGCAAAAGUUGAAGGAAUACUAGAAGCAGAUGGGGAAGGUGAAUUCUUGUCGAAAGAGGCUAUAUACCUCCUCACGGUUGCCACAGAGGAGUUUGUCAAACGUCUCGCUCAAGCUGGCCAACGCCAAGCUUCAAGCUCAAAACGUCUGCAAGUCAACUAUCGUGACCUAGCAUCUACCACCCACCAACAUCCCGAGUUCAAGUUCCUAGAAGAUACUAUACCCGAGCCCAUUUCACUAGCGGAAGCUUUAAAGCUACGAGCUUCCAAAGAAAAAGAGUUGCUUGAAGAUGGUUCAGCUACUGCUGCAACUUCGAAAGCACAUACACCUGUACCCUCCGUUGCCUCCAGCAUCCCUCAACCCUCGAAAGCGAAAGGCAAGGGGCGACAACCUUCCCACAAAUCUGCAGAAAGCGCUAGUGCUGGAGCCCCUAGCAGGCGACCUCGACAACGAAAGAGUCGACAAGCUGAACCCACCCCUGACAGCUCUGUAAGGGAUCCUCCCGGUACUGGCGGGAUGACUACUCGAAGGCGUUCCUCCAGGGCGACUCUGAACGAAGGGGAACUUCCAGGCUCCGCCCCUCCAGGGUCACCUUACACCAAUGGUCAUCACUCUUCUCAAAAUGGUGUGGAAACCCCUUCACACCCUCAGUUCCUCCAUCCGUCUGCAUCUUCUACAUCCACUGAACAGCCGCCAUCAUGGGGCAUGCCUCCCACUGGAUCACCUCCAGGGGAGUAUGCCAACGGAGUUCCAUGGCCUCCUACACCUUAUACGGGCCCCGCUAGUGGCUACAUGGAGGACCAUAGGAUGAUAUUCAACGGGAGAGGUGGUGUUAAUGGGAUGACAGCCAAUCCUGGCCGGACGAUAUAUUCUCAUCGUCAACAGAGUCGAUAGCUCCGUCGUCUUUUCCACAUUGCACAUAACUAUUCAUUAUAGAGAUGGAAGGACAUUAUCCAUUCACCCACUCACAGCACUACUACUUGAUAUUAUAGCUAUAGGUCCGUGUAUUGUAAUUCCCGCUCGUAGCAGGCUUGCGAUCGUUGUUGUUUUUGGGUUAC